UCAGCGAGCGGUACUGCCAGGAAUGUUGUCCGGCUGGAAAAGUCGGUGUGCCAUGUGGACAAAGUGUCUGUCAACAGACUCUGUAACUGCAAACUGAAACGUUUUAGACUCCUGUAACCAACAAUGAGUCUUUUACCUCGCACUGCAGAGGAGUUCAGCUCCGCAGAGUACUGGGAGAAGUUUUUUAAGAAGCGUGGAGAGAAAGCUUUUGAGUGGUAUGGAGACUACAACAAACUCUGCGGCGUGCUGCAUAAAUACAUCAAAGUCCAGGAUAAGGUGUUGGUGGUUGGUUGUGGUAACUCUGAGCUGAGUGAACAGAUGUAUGAUGUUGGCUACAAACAUCUAACUAAUAUUGACAUCAGUGAGACAGUGGUGACCCACAUGAACCAGAGAAACGCUGAGCGCCGGCCAGGCCUGACUUUCCAGCAGGUGGAUGCUACACAAACUCCGUAUGAGGACGCCAGCUACCAGGCUGCUCUGGACAAAGGCACGCUGGAUGCCAUGGCAUCAGAAGAAGAAGGAACACUGGCCAGGAGCAUGCUCACUGAGGUGGGUCGUGUGCUGAGUGUCGGCGGCCGGUAUGUCUGUGUGACGUUGGCUCAGGAGAGUGUGAUCAAGUUGGCCGUGGAGCACUUUGUUCAGCUGGGGUGGGCUGUGAGGCUCCACUGCCUGCAGCAGGAAAGUGGGACAGAAGAGGACUCCUUUGCUCUGCCUGUCUUUGUUCUGGUCUGCACCAAGUUCCGCCAGCCUAUGCCCAUGCCUAUUCUGGAGAUGUGUCUUGGGGAAGAUGGAGCCCCGACUCGUGUCACGCAGGUAGCAGAGUUGUUGACAGCUGUGAGGGAGCAUCAGGCUUACUCUGUCUUGAAAAAGAGGCUCCGUACAAGCACAGACGCCAGCUCGAACCUCUCGCUCACCCUCUGUCACACCAAGACUGGGCUCCCCAGAUACACUCUCACAGUACAGGACUGUCCCCCAGGUGCCAAGGUGCCAAGAUCAAACCAGUUUGCUAUUUUUAUUGUGCCUCACGGCAGUGAGACAGCUUGGCUCUACAGCUCCAGCGAGGGACGAAAGCAGCUGGCUGCCAGUGCUAACUUUCGGCGCCUGGUUGUUGUGGCAAUGCACAGGAAUCAGGAGUAUACAGACAUGCAAGCUGUCCAGUCGGAACUCUCACCAAUGGUGAUGGACCUGGCUCCCCCGGGUAUGCCAGCCAACCAGCAGGUGCCGUUUCUGUCAGUUGGAGGUAACCUGGGUUGGCGAGAGGAGGUCAGCAGGGGUGUGAGUGAGCUGAGCGGGGAGUACUGUGUGGAGAAUGUCAGAGGAGAAGACGGAGAACUGUAUCGGAGACUCAUUUUCCUGCAUAAUGUCACCCUUGUCCAAUCAGAGAGCCGCCUUGUCUCUUCAAAUACUGCAUCAAGUCACAAGAAGAAAAACAAAAAGAGGGUCAAGCCAACAGCUGCUCCAACAACAUCCUCCAGCUCUCUAUCAGUGGACAGUGGCUUCCUCUGCUGCGCUCACCAUGAAGUGAUGGUAGCAGGCCUUGCCAUGCUCGGGGUGGGCACGCCACAGAACAAAGAUGUCCCAGUGUCGGUGUUCCUGGUGGGGCUCGGUGGAGGAGGCCUGCCUCAGUUUCUUCGGGACUUUGUGCCCAAUGUUGCUGUCGAGGUUGUUGAACUAGACCCCGUUGUGAUGCAAGUGGCAAAGGAGUGCUUCGGGUUCCGACCAGAUGAUCGUUUGACCGUCACUAUUGGAGACGGCCUCGAACGCAUCUGCGCCCUGGAGAAAGAAGGUGGUCAUUUGUUUGACGCCAUCAUGUUCGAUGUGGACAGUAAAGAUACUACUGUGGGUAUGAGCUGUCCUCCUGCUGCCUUUAUAGAGACCUCGAUCCUGCAGAAAGUCUGCAGCCUGCUAACACCCAGAGGUCUAUUCAUACUGAAUCUUGUGUGUCGUGACUCAGUCCUGAGGAAAAGCGUGCUGGAGCGUCUGAGCGCCGUGUUUCCCAGCAUCAUCUCUCGAAAAAUCGAAGGGGAGGUCAACGAGGUCCUUCUGUGCUCUUGUGGAGAGAACGAGACAUCGGACGCCGCUCGCAUCCUUCCAUCCCUGAACCAAGCAGCCAAAAGUCUGCAGAGCGCCCUGCUCUCUAACAGUACUGGAACCAACAGCGGCCCUCAUAUAGACAUCGCAAAGUUGUUAAAAGACCUGAAAGUGGAGUAAGGUUUGUUUGCAACCAGAGGGGAUUUAAUCAUUUGUCAAGAUGGUUUAAGACACUAUGGGGAAGAUACUGAAAUAUGAGAGCAAGUGCUUUGACUUUGCCAUACAGUUCAAUGUAAUGAAAAGUAUUAUGAUGUAUAACAUAAAUAUACAGUAAUUCAAUCACAAGUAAAGAACAUUUUAGCUUAAAGCGGAGCUAUGGCCAUUUUCACAAUUCAUCCAUGUUAUUCCUAUGGUCUAAGAAAGUCUAAAACUAUUAGUAAACAUGAAUAACUCUCUCCCAAAUCCCAAAACUAGAGUGCUAAAACUCAAAUUUGUGAUGUCAUCAAGUAUAAAGUUUGGAUCUGCUCCAUAGAAAAUGGCUGCGUCCGGUCGACACACUUUUGUGUGAAUAAACAGUAGUAUGCAUCGUCA